AUGACUAAACAAUCCGAGGAGACCCAGAAGCCAAUUAUCUUCGCGCCUGAAACGUACCAAUAUGACAAAUUCACCUUGAAUGAAAAGCAACUGGCCGAAGACCCCAUUGAUCUCUUCACCAAGUGGUUUGACGAAGCCAAGAAUGACCCCAGAGAAACGUUGCCAGAAGCAAUCACUUUCUCCUCUGCGGAAUUGCCCAGCGGAAGGGUUUCUUCCAGAAUACUUCUUUUCAAGGAACUCGACCACAGAGGCUUCACCAUCUAUUCCAAUUGGGGGACCUCUAGGAAGGCCCGUGAUAUUGCUACGAACCCGAACGCGGCAAUUGUGUUCUUCUGGAAGGACCUGCAGAGACAGGUCAGAGUAGAAGGUACCACCGAGCAUGUGAACAGAGAAACUUCGGAAAGGUAUUUCAAGACAAGACCCCGUGGCUCUAAGAUCGGUGCGUGGGCCUCACGUCAAUCAGACGUCAUCAAGGACAGAGAGGAACUGGAUGAAUUGACCCAGAAAAACACCGAGCGUUUUAAGGAUGACGUAGAGAUUCCGUGUCCAGAUUACUGGGGUGGCCUAAGAGUCGUCCCGCUGGAGGUCGAGUUCUGGCAAGGCAGGCCCAGCAGACUGCAUGAUAGAUUUGUUUACAGAAGAAAAUCAGAAAAUGACCCAUGGAAAGUCGUUAGACUUGCACCAUGA